UUUCCAUGAAAACAAAUUAAACUAUUUGAGAUAAAUAAAAAUGAGCAGAAUUAAUUGCGCUAUAGUGAACAAUGCGAGUCUACAAAGACUUUAAAGAAAAUUAUAAACGUGUCGAUGCAACAGCAAAUAAGUGGGAAAGAAUGAGAGCGCAAAGCAGAUGCCAAAGAGCGUCGCGCCGCAUAUGUGUUGGUCUUUGCGUGCGUAUGUGUAUAUGUAUGUGAAGUAGAAAGCGGCGGUAAAAACUUGUAAAAAUCUCACAUAUGCACAUAAAAUUUAUAUACCUAAUGUGAAUUUAACAAUCUGAAUUCUAGCAAGAUAGAAUUUUAACGUCAAUUGGAAAGCGAGAAAAGUAGCGCUUAUUGCAUCAGGCAGAAACUGCAAGCCAAAACAAAACAAAUGUGAAACGUAGCCGCUGCUACGAAAAGUGACACGAAAUACGGUGUGUGUGCGCGUAAUAAGAAGAAAUAAAGACUCACAGCAAAAAAGGCAAAAGAAAAAUAGUGCAUGCGAAGAGCAAGAACAAAGCGCAAUUGGAAAAUUUUCUGGUGAUAGUCACCUAUUUGCAACAAACAAAUUGUUAAAUAAUAUACAAAAGUGAAUAUAAAAUUAAUAUUACUGGAGCGCACAACAUUUGGGUGCGCGCCAAUACAAACGCACUUAAGGCAAAGAUAAUUGUUUUAGAUUAUUUUUAUUGCUCUAAGAUUACCACAGUGCUACGUAAGGGUUAAUACGUAGGGAGGCGACAUUUCUGCAUACACAAAAUAUAAUUGUAAACAGUUGAAGCCACAAAAUGAGUCGUUUUCAGUCGCGCAAUAAAAUUGAGUCCAUCAUCAUCGCCAGCACCAACAGCAAUGCAAGGAGUAGUCGCAAAGCCAAUAACUCCCCGCCGCCUAUGGAACAUAUCAAUGGACAUGCGGCGACGACGAAUGGGAAUUCCAGAUCAAGUAAACGGCGGCGGCAAAGCGACGUCGAGUUGACCAAUGGCACAAGCAGCAAGCGAGCCAUGCUGAAGGAAACCAGCGAGUCCAGCAGCAAUAGAAAAUAUAACAACAACAAUGUCAGCAAUACAAAUGGCUCACGCCAAUUCAAUAAUAACAAUAACAACAACAAUAACAAAAAGCACAGCGUUAACCCAGCAACAAAACAAACAAAAACAACCUCAUCGAUGGAAUUCAGUUAUCGCAACAAUGACAUAUCGACAAUACCCACCCCACCCUCGCCAGCCUCACCCGCCUCCCCACCGCCGACGUCCUCAGCUGCAGCCGCGAGAGGAAACCAGGUGCCUGAAGUUGUUUGCAUUUCGGAUGGGGAGAGCGAGGAAGACAUUGACCACGACACGGAGGAAGACGACGAGCCAGAAAUCGAUGAAACACCAACCACCAGCAAUAACAAUAGACAGCCAAAUAAUAAGUCGGCGCCACCGACGGCGGGCGGCUCUGCUUCACCACCAAGCUACGCCAUGCCCACAAGCAAUAGCGUGCCAAUAGACUUGGAGAACGAAGUGCAUCGGAAUGAUCUUGAGCAUGUAACCGACCUGCGUUCCUACGUCAAUCUACUCAAAGAAGAGCGUGUAAGCUUAGAUGAUUUUCUUAUAAUUCGCGUGCUUGGCACUGGCGCCUAUGGACGCGUUUUCUUGGUGCGCAAGCUAACCAAGCACGAUUCGGGAAAGCUGUAUGCUAUGAAGGUUCUUAAUAAAAUAACCGUUGUGCAAAAACGUAAAACGGCUGAGCAUACAAAAACUGAGCGUGUGGUGCUCGAGGCAGUGCAGCGCAGUCCUUUUCUCGUUGGUCUACACUAUGCCUUUCAGUCAUCCUCUAAACUGUAUUUAGUGCUGGACUUUGCCAAUGGCGGUGAACUUUUUACGCAUCUCUAUCAUGCGGAACAUUUUGAGGAGUCGCGUGUGCGUAUUUACAUUGCCGAGGUGGUGCUGGCGCUGGAGCAAUUGCAUCAGCUGGGCAUAGUCUAUCGGGAUAUAAAGCUAGAGAACAUAUUGCUCGAUGGCGAUGGACAUAUCGUGCUGUCUGACUUUGGUCUGUCCAAAAUACUGUCGCGGGAGAAUGAGUAUCGAGCGCAUAGCUUCUGCGGUACGCUGGAAUAUAUGGCGCCAGAGAUUAUACGCACUGGACCGCCGGGUCAUGACAGCGCUGUCGACUGGUGGUCCGUGGGUGUGCUGACCUUUGAGCUGCUGACAGGCGCCUCACCGUUUGCCACCUCGGAUGGCCAGAGCCUGCAAUCGGAGAUCUCACGUCGCAUACAAAAGGAGCAACCGUUAAUACCUUCCUCAUUUAGCUCCCAUGCGCGUGAUUUUGUGCUCAAAAUGCUGGAGAAGAAUCCCAAGCGACGCUUGGGCGGUAAUCAUCGCGAUGCCACUGAGAUCAAGAAUCAUCCCUUCUUCAGGGGCAUCAACUGGGUAGAGUUGCGCACCAAGCGCCGCAAGGCUCCCUACAAGCCGACGCUCAAUGGCGAGGACGAUGUGCAAAACUUUAGCAACGAAUUCACCGACCAACUGCCCGAAGAUCCCGAAUGCGAAUCGCCACCAGAGAACAUACGUCUAUUUCGUGGCUAUACCUAUGUGGCGCCUGAGCAUUUGGAACGAAUGCGUCGCGAUAAUCUCUGUGAGAUUGAGUACUGCAAUGUGGAUGCUCUUCGAAGUAUUCCCUCAAGACCCGAUGAUCUGGAGUUGGGCAGGCGAGUCUCCCAUGGCUCCUUUGGCAACUGUUUCUAUGUAAUCGAUGGUUCCUCGCCAGCGCAGUACUGUGCCAAGGUGGUGCCAUUGUCCAAGUAUCGUGCCUCCGAGUUAGAUGCCCUCACAUCCUGCGCGACGGACAGCCACAAUCCUCACCAUAUAGUCAGCUAUCAUGGUGCGUAUCGGGACAAGUGCGAAGUGUGGAUAAUAACAGAGUAUCUUAGCGGCAAGGAGCUAUCCACCGCGUUGCAAGCCCAAGAGUUCGAUGAGUCCGCUUGUCGCAAUAUUUUUCUUCAGCUAUUAGAUGCAUUGAAGUUUGUGCAUUCUAAGCACUUUAUACACGGCGACGUCAAGCCUGAGAACGUCUUAUUUGUAGAUCAGGAUAGAUCCAGUGUGAGGCUGCUGGACUUUGGCAGUGCCAGCUACAAUAGUCGCUUCCAAACCUGGAAAGACCAUCCGCGAUAUACGCUGGACUAUGCACCGCCCGAGCUGCUGAAGGAUCGCGCUGUGGUCAGCUAUUCGCCUGCUGUGGAUAUAUAUGGUCUGGGCGCUACUCUCUAUACCAUGUUAGUUGGCCACGCUCCCUAUCGCAGUUUUCAUGGGGACAAUGAUCAUUCAAUAGAAGCGCAUCAUAAGCUGCGCCGGCGCAUAACCAAGGAGGCAUUCAAUCAGCGCUCCAAGCGCUGGUGUAAUGCUAGUCCACAGUUUAGAGAGCUGGUCGAAUGGUGCCUGCAACGGGAUCCAGCCAACCGGCCAAAGUUCAACGACUUAAUACGCUGCGCGUGGUUGCAACAUGGUUUGGGCUUCGAACUGACCAUCACACCUAUGCCCGAGCAGGAAGUGGUUGAUCUAAGUGAUGACACCAUGGAGGAAGAGCCUAUUGCAGCACCGGCUGAGGAGCAGAUGGAAGUAACGGCGACUAGCAUUGAGUCGCCGUCGUCACCUGUUACCGCUGAGCGAACAGAGGAGCCAAAGAGUUCGGAUCUGAUGAAAAAUUUGUUCAAUGCUGCUGACUUUGAGGAUCACAGUGAUUUCUAUGGCUUUGAUGAGCGUGCACCGCCGCUGCGUUUGCCCUCCGAGUAUUACAUGGAGAUACCGCUGCCACUGCUCGAGUGUGAAGUGGCAGAGCCUGAGCCGCCGGCACAAACGCUGCCCGAUGUGGCAGCCGAUCAAACUACAAAUGAUGCCACGCAGCGGAAGCGAACGCGUCAACAGCAGCGCACGCGUAAAGUUGUGGGCACAGCGGUCGAGCCAGAGGACACCAAGGCUGGUUUAUAUCUGCUGAUGCAACAAGUGACGCCACCCGUCGACGUUGUGCCCCCAUCCGUAGACAUUGUGCCCCUGCCCUUGUCCGUCUUCAUGGCCCGUCGAGCAGAACGAGCCACCAGUCCGUUGGAAGAGAUGUUCUCCGGUUUUCGCAAGCAGGAAGCCACCUGGCGUAAGUCUCGCGCCAGCUGGCGUCAAUUCUGCUCACUGCUCAAUGGUGUACAACAGGUGCUCAAGCAGCGCUUCAAGAGGCAGCGAAUCUACUGUGCGCCUGCCAUUAACAUUAAAUCCGAGCGCAUAGACUACGCCUACGAGAAGCCAUUGGUAUUCCCGCGGCCCAAGCCACGAGCGGCGCGCCAACCCAAGCCGGCCAAGAUACCUCGUGCACCAACCCGUGUCCAACCCGCACGCGCUCGUGCGCUACAUCAGAAAUAUGUGUUUGAGUGACAGAGGCUUAUGACGGCGGAGAAGCUCAGCCAUUUGCAAUCGGUGCUCUCCGCCGUCACACACCACCGGGUUGAGCGGCACCAGUUGCGCAGCUGACAAUUAGCCGACCCGGUGGUCUGCGGACACCGACAACUGCUGAGCCAGCGACUUUACCGACAGCAGCACUUAUAUAGAAGGAAAACGGAGAAACUUGUGUGAAAUGUGGAUCAUUGAGCGGCGCAGCACCAAAGAUCCUGUCAAGUAGACGUUUAGCAAUUGUUAUUUUGUAAAUUAAUGCGUAACUAUCUGAAACACACACACACACACUCAAACACAAUAAAGAAAAUGUAAAUUCUUAUUGUUCUUGUUGGGUUAGUUAUUUGUUUUUUUAUUUUAUGCGCCUAGCCUAAUGUAAACACAACAGAAACAUGAAAAAACAUACUUAUAACAUUUUUUAGACUUCUUUGUGUAAAUUGUUUAUUAUAUUUUUUGCAGCAACAAAUGGCAUACUUUUUGGAAAGUUAGUUAAGUGCAGAGAAAUAGUUUACUAAGCAAUAUUAACAAUUGAAUGAAUAAUGAGAAAUUUAAAAAUAAGAAACAAGCAUAUACAUAAAUACAUAUGUAUAGACCUUACACACAUACAUAUAUAAACAUUUAUAUUAUAAGACGCUUUAAGUUGUGCUCUAUGUUAAGUUUAUAACUUAUUGU